UCUUAUGACCUCAGUGUUACGCCAAUUCGGCAAUAUUAAUAACAAAUCUGAUAUUAUUUUCAUGUACGAUAUCAGUAUAAGUAUUAAAAAUAGUUUAAUACAAAUUUAAUAAAUUUUAAAUAACAGUAGGUUUUGAGAACCCUGUUUGUAAACACGUAACCAAUUAUUCGAUUGGAAAGAAAAAAAAAUAAAACAAUGGGUCGUUUAACGGUGGAACAAAAAGAGUUUUAUAAAGAAAACGGUUACAUAUUGCUGAAGGAUUUAAUUCCCAGUGAACAUUUGUUGCAAAUCAGUGAGGAGUAUGACAGUCUAUUCAAGAGAAAGAAUCAAGAAAAGAUGGAGAGUUCUUGGGUGGGAAGUGAUGUUAAUGACAGAAAAACUGACAGCGCAUACACAGUAAAAGGGAUUCACAAUCUCCAAUACCAUUCGGCGGUUUUCAAUCGUUUCAUUUUUAACGAGAACCUUCUGGAUGUCUUAGAAGAUAUCAUGGAGACUAAAAACAUAAUGCUACAUCAUACGAAAGCUCACUUGAAACCACAUGAGAAGGGAGCAGCUUAUCCUAUGCAUCAGGACUAUCACUACUUCCCAUACGAAAGAGAUUCGAUGGUUGCAGCAUUUCUCCAUCUGGACGCGGCAAACCCAGAAAAUGGAGGCUUAUUUGUUUACCCAGGUUCACAUAAAUUGGGUCCUCAAGAAGAUAUUGGUGCAAGAGAGGGAAACUUUCAUUAUGUCGAUCAGAAAAUCUUCCCUAUCGAGAAAGCUUCGCCAGUGAUCGCUGAAAAGGGGGACAUCGUGAUCUUCUCGUAUCUUCUAAUCCAUGGAAGCUCAACGAACAGUUCUCAGCGUGCACGGCGUAUGCUACUGGCACAAAUGGCUUCAGCUGAUGAUGUGCCUGUAGGCUUACAACCUCUGCGGCCAGGCCAAGGAUGGAUGUUAAGAGGCGUCAAUGCGCAAAGAGACGCAAGCAUUUCGAAAAGAUUUGAAUAGUCAUAUUUUAUUUAUAUUUAUUAAGACACUCACUAGAAAAUAAACAAUUUUGGCAGAUAUCAAAAAUACAUAAAUAUAUCACGCCUAAUACUUAGUUAAAGCGCUGUCAAUAAUAAAUAUAAGUAUUUGAUAGUGAAACAUGUGAAGUGAGAGACGGCACUGCAAGUCGCCUGUCGCCUGCCAGUCGUUAUUUUUUUUUGUUUUGUUUCCUUGCUUCCUACAAAAUGUCUACAAUCAACUAAUUAAUCUUUAGUGCAGCUACAUUCGUGUGAAGCUGCCAUCUGUACUAGGUAAGACCUGCGCCCAAGCACGAACUAUGACAAAUCUGUAACAGUAUCGUCAUCGUCAAAUUUUGCAAAGAAGAAGCCAAUUUGUUCUUACGCCUGGUAGCAAGGGCUCGGAAUAGCUUUCAUAGAAACUUUGACGAUUACUUAGCUGCCAAAGUUCGUACUUAGGCCUCUCUAUUUUUUUUUAAUCGACUACCCCCGUUUUGU